AUGAGAGGCAUUUGGAUGUUUCUGGGUGUUUUUUGUCCCCAUUUGAUCGCUCGUCCCAUUAUUUUCCUGCCUUCAUUCGGGGAAAAUGAACUACAUCAUCUCGGCGAGGCUCUUUUUGAUCUCUUUGGAAACCCAGAGAGCCUAAAUGAUGCAGAGGAAAGCUAUGGCGGGCAAUUGGAAGCAGAAGACGGGAAUUAUUUGGAUGCAAAUCAAGAGUUGAUCCCAUUAAGACCUGGUCGAGCAGCUAGUCCCGAUCACGCAAUCGGUCCCUACUUGGAAGACAUGAGAAACAUUGGAAACGAUCCAUUCCUUGGACACCGCCCUGGAAGA